CGCGCGGCAGCCUCCGCUCCUCCUGCGCCGAGCGCUGACAGCAGCCCGACUGGAGACCUUCGCUGCCGUCGCAUCUGUUGUCUUUGUCGCUUCCUGUCCGGAUACGAAGCGACUCAGAACGGGACUUAAUUUGCGCUGCAGGACACAGACACAACAACAGCAAAGUGUUUGUUUGGACGCUGUGUACGCGCAGAGCCCCCUCCUCUCCCGUCCUCCUGCCGGUGUUGAGCGGACACUCGGUGAAGUGAGACUGUGACAUCCGAGAGGCGUCUGACUGCAUGAAGAGGACCCUGGUCCUCACCUAGACCCCUCCCACGACCCCCCACUGCCUGGACAUGAGGUCGUUCCGAUCGUUUGCAAACGACGACCGCCAUGUCAUGGCCAAGCAUGCCAGCAUCUACCCAGCCCCGGAGGAGCUGGAGGCCGUCCAGGCACUGGUGUCCACUGUGGAGGGAGCCCUGAAGAAAGUCUCUGAUUGGAUGGAUGGCCUCAACAAAUCCUCAGGGAAGACCUCCACCAGUGAUGAGGCUGGGGACAACAUGGCGGAACAAGAUGCUGCUGAGAUCAAGCCUGACGGGACCUCGGUGCUGUGCGGGGUGACGCGUGUCGGCCUGGUGGCCAAAGGCCUGCUGAUCAAAGGGGACAUGGACCUGGAACUGGUGCUGAUGUGCAGAGAGAAACCCACCAAACUGCUGCUCUACACCAUCAGCGCUAACCUCCCCCUGCAGAUCCAGACAAUGACAGAGGACAAGUAUGAGGUGCGGUCGUGCCAGCCUGAGGCAGCCAUCUGGGUGUGCAGUGCCAGAGACCCCCAGCUCACGCUGAAGAUCACCCUCUCCUCCGUAGCCAUGAGGAAGGAGCGCAGCACCACAGAAGAAGAGGACGGCGGCCGGAACGACACUGAGGAGGAGGAGGAUGUCCUGGACAGGCAGAAGUGCCGGGCUGCUCUGGCCUCACUCCGACAUGCCAAGUGGUUCCAGGCCAGAGUCACAAAUCUCAAGUCCUGCGUCAUCGUCCUGAGGAUCCUAAGAGACAUGUGCAACAGAGUGCCGGCGUGGCAGCCUCUGAAAGGAUGGCCUCUGGAGCUGAUCUGUGAAAAGGCCAUAGCCACCUGUACCCGGCCUCUGGGUCCAGGUGAGGCCCUGCGUCGAGUCACAGAGUGCAUCGCCUCUGGGAUUCUCCUGCCAGGAGGCCCAGGAAUUCAUGACCCUUGUGAGAGGGAGCCUACAGACGUCCUGUGUGACCUCAGCGCCCAGCAGGCCGAUGCCAUCACACUCAGCGCACAGCAUGCGUUACGCCUCCUAGCCUUUGGACAGCUCUACAAGGUCCUGAAUAUGGAUCCUCUCCCUGCCAGCAAACCCUCACCAAGGCUGGUAGAAGGCUGUCAAAAGAGGCUUCGGGAGGAUGUGGGAUCAGAUGACAGAGACUUCAUCAAGAGGAUGAAAGUCCUGGACUGGAGGAUGACUGAUCCAAACCACCCCAUGAACGCCCUGAUGCGUCUGAACCAGAUCCACCCGGGACUCCAGUACCGCCUGCUGUCCCAGUCCGGCCCGGUGCAUGCUCCCAUCUUCACCAUGUCUGUGGAGAUUCAGGGAACCACCUACCAGGCCAUGGGGAACUCCAAGAGAACCGCCAAGCUCCAAGUAGCCCUCAAGGUGCUGCAGGCUCUGGGCUACGUGCUCGGCAGUGACGGAGAUGUGGACUCGCUGAGCGCCGACGAGAAGUCAGAUGGCGAAGGCAAGAAUGACAGGAUGUCCACCGGCUCCAGCUCCACCUCCGUCACCUCCUCCACAGAUGCACAGGAGUCCAGAGCUCUGGGUCCCAUCCUGACGGCAGGGGGUAAAAACCCAGUGAUGGAGCUGAAUGAGAAACGCCGCGGCCUCAAAUACGAGCUGAUAUCAGAGAGCGGCAGCAGCUACGACAAACGCUUCAUCAUAGAGGUGGAGGUGGACAAGCAGGUUUUUCGAGGGACGGGUCCCAAUAAGAAAGUAGCCAAGGCCAGUGCUGCCCUCGCCGCCUUGAACAGCCUGUUUUCCAGCUCCAAAUCAAUGAACAACAAGAAGAAACGGCCCAACCCUGCUCCAAAGCGACCUGUAGCCUCGGUGCUGACCCUCCCGGCCCUCGCUGUCAGACCUCCGCAUGUCCCCGUCAUCCCCAGAGCUCCCUACAUCAGCACCCCACCCGCACAUGGAUACAUCCCCCCAGGUUUUGGUGCUCCGUAUGGUUACACCCCUGCAGGCGCCCUCCCUGCCUACAGUUUUCCCUCCAGAAUGCCCUCAGUAGUUGUUCCCGUCAUCAGAGUCCCCACAGCAUACACCGUCACCCACCUCUACCCCUAUUAGGACUCUCCCUCACCCACCUGUUAAAGGAACAUCCUGACUUUGUGUUCACCAGAAUCCUCAUCCAGCAUCACAGCAUGCAGCCCACCUGUUGCAUCUCAUGCUUCCCCUGCACUGUACUAGCAGCCAGUCAGAUACACUUGUGUUAUUACUACAGGAGCUGUGUGAACACACAGUUUGACAAAGAAGCUCUGACAAUCAAAUCAUCCUGCAAUGACACAUGUUCAGUGAGCUGCAGAGACAUAGUCAGGUAAAUAUGACACAGGAGGGAGCUCUGUCUACUUUAUGGCUCUCAUAAUGAUUACAUGGAAAUAGGAACCUAAUUCACUACAGGAAACUCCACAGAGCUUCAAGGGUCACUUUGGGGUUUCUGAACAUGCUGUAUUUCUUCUUAAAGCGGGUUUUCUGAGACUAUAGCUAGUGUUAAUUUUGCCAUCCCUGCUUCUGUUGUAGAGAUUCAAGGAAACAAACAGUUGCAUUACAUGACCUGACUGGGGAAACCGUUAGCCUGCAAGAGAGCUCAGAAUAAACAUCAGGCAAAUCAUUUCUUGUGCUCUGAGUGAGAGGGAAAGCAGAUAAAGGAUAAGAGCUGUCUGGGGUAGCCAGUACAGCUAACUGCAUAGGAUGAUCAUCAGGUCACCAGGAUGUAAUGUUCCGAUGCAGUUAGCUGUACUGGCUAUUCCAGACGGAGAUGUCUUCUGUUUGCUUUCCUUCUGGCUCAGAGAUCACAGUGAAAGAUGAUUUGACUGAAGUCGUGUUUAUUCUGAGCUCUCUCUGAGGCCAAGUGCCCUGCUGGCACCAUUUAAUGUGACUUUAAACUUUACAAUGGAGGCAGUGACAGCUAAAUUAGCACUAGCUAUGGAGUCACCAUGCCCGCUCUAAAGGGAAAUACAGAAGAUUAAAAAGAAAAGGUACCCACGAACUCCAGGAAGGAGAUGUCCACCGUAAGUAACAAAACAAAAAAGAGCAACCAUACAGCAGAGAAACUAAACAAACAGCUACUUAACUAACUCAGGAGUCCAGCUAAUUAAAAACACUAGGGGACUUUUAAAAAAAUCACAACAAAACGGCAAGUAAAUAGCUGUAAGGAGCUGAUCAGGCUCUACAGGGAACGAGAACAAGACAUCAGCUGUAGGGCAGCUACUCGUGUACAGAACAAAAUGAAAAUCCACUGUGAGAAAUGAGGAACCGAACAAUGUUCCAACAAAGCUAAUAAAAACUGGAAGAAGGUAACACACACCAGCUAUUACAGUAACUACUGAAGACAUCCACUGGAGGGAACAAAACUACUAAUUACAAACUGUAGGAGCCAAGCAGCACUCGACGCCUUUGCUCCAGGGAAUGCAGCUAAUACACACAUCUGUAAAGAAGUAAGGUGACACCGAAUCUGCAGCUAAGAAACUGACGAGGUGGGCGCCCAAUGAGCUUCUUUGUCAAGAGGUGAACUACUCCUUUAACAGUUACUCAUGGUCAUGAAUGUUUUGUAUUUUCAUUUCUCUGUUUUCUACUGAUGUUUUAAGUUUCCGUGAAGAGACGGAAAAAACUGGUUUACAAGACGCGGCUGCACUGACAAACGUUUCCUUCUGUUUGGAUUUUCAAUGUUUACACUUCCUGUUGUGAGCCACUUUGUGUUGAGUUCAGUAUUUUCAGAGAGAUAUAUGAUUUGACCUGUUUGUAAGUAAUAUUCUUUUAAAUAAAUGAAUAUUUUUGUCAACAGCUGACUAACUUGUGGUUUCUGAUGUUUACAUUUAGUCCAUUAACAUUUGCUAAAAGGAUCUGUUGCAUGGAUAAGUUGGGAAUUAAGUUACUGGUCAAAAG